UGUGCGUCACAGUAAUGCAUCGCAUGCCACUGUCGCCUUUUUGACGCUCUUUGCAAUGGCGCCGGUGGCCGAUCGCAUAUAUUUCCCCUCCCUAGAGCAAUGCCUGACUGGGGAGAGGGUACUGCUUUCAUGGAAGCUUAUAGCAACUGCGCUUUCCGAUAGCUCUGGCCAGAGGACUACGAGCUCUGCUGUUAUCAAUUUUUUGAGCGACGACUAUGUUCACCGUCUUCUUGAGGAUCCUGCCAGCACCUUCGCACCCGCAGACGAAACUACCAAAAAAGAUUUUCAAACAAAAACAGCACCGAUAAACGUGCCCGCCAGCUCUGAUGGGCGACCCGGUAUUGAGUCGAUUAAGAAGGAUGCCGAAUGGCUCAGCAAGAAUGCCAAAAUCAACCUAGUUGCAGCUCUCCGCAUCGUCGUUAUCGAACACCAGUCUCGCCCAGCUCGCCAUCUUAGUGGUCCACUAUCAUCGCAGGAUGCAAAGAACUUGCAGGAAGCUGCCGGCCUUCACAAUGGCCAAGGGUCGGGAUUCCUGUCAGACUUGGGCUCAGCAUCUGCGUUGGAUGCUGAGGAGAUAUGGGCCGAGUUCGAGAAAACCGAGACGAGACAGCGACGUCUGUUCGAUACAUACCUUACCGAACGCCGUUUUUUUAUGAUGUCUGCGGACUACGCCAACUCUAUCAAGCUAUACGGGAGACUACCUACCUUUGCCAAUGUCGAUCUCGACCUGGCCAAGACUUAUCGACUGACUUUGCCUGCGCGCGACGAUGCGGAACUCCUACUGCCUACCUAUCUCCAAAUUCUGACAGAUUCCAUGAGCCGCAUCGAAUCUGGUCUCAAAGCUAUCACCGACGAAAAGUGGGCGACGGAGGAGGUUGAAAUUGACUGGAUACGAACUCUUUUAACUGAAGCUGUUCACGCCCUGUCCGUUGUGUUCCAGAUAGUGGAUAGUUUUGGAGACGAGUUUGCGCCCUCGAAUGCUGUUAAUCAGUGGUUCUCGUUGAUGGACGUCUACAGAUUCUUUGACGCUGUUCAACCGAUCCACGAAAGCAUUGCUCCAUUAAUUACGCCCUUGAAGACACUAUCAGUCGCCGUGUCUUUGAUUUUACUUAAGCCAGCUCGCUCGCUAACCUAUCUUUCCGAGAGAGAGGAGGAUGCGACUCAAGCCGAUACCACCUACGAUACAUAUCUCCUCUCAUCCGAUGUCCUCGAGCAAGUUCACAAGAGUGUGCUUAAUGCAGCAGACGCCGACUCUGAGAAUGCUUCGCCUGUCAUAUUCGCCUGGACAUUGCUCCUCCAUCGUAUGAACGUAUCUUAUCAAGCCAGAACGGAGAAACGAGACAACUUGCUGCAACAGAAUGCGCGAGAGACUUUCGAGGCUGGGGGUGUGAUCCGUCCAGUUGCAAGGCGCAACUCGGCAGGGAGCAUCUUCUCCAUCGAAUCCUCAAAAUUCGACGGCUUUCUUGAAAAUGCGACUGCUUCCAAGGAUCUUGUUGUUGUGGAGCAGCUUGCAUCGGCGGUCACAGCUCAGGGGCGAGUCUUUGAUGCCAUAUCCAAUAUGGCAUCAAGCCUAGGCCCCUCUGAUGAAGGCAGUAUGACCCCUUUGCUCAGUUCUCGACUUCGCAACGUGUUUCUGGAACUUCUUAAGGUUUCCUACCCCAUUGUCGGUUAUCAGUCAGAACCCGUAAGCGCCUUGCUUUCUGUUCUUAGCGCCGGUCGAAACUAUUGGGAUCUCUCGUCGAAGGAGAAUCUUUCCGAGAAGCAGGAUAUCCUUGCCUCGAUGCUCAACGAUGACCUCGCAUUGGAGUUUUUCUUUCAGCAAGCCCUUGACAGGUACCCUUACGAGUUCAUGCCCUUCAUUACUCUCUGCCGAACACUUGCGAGCGCUACGAGCCUUCGAGAUAGCGAGCGGUCGCAGAUGAUUCUCAACCUUCUUCGGGUGACACCUACACUAACAUUUGUUCUUCCUGACCACUUUCAAGAUUAUGAACUCGCACAAGAGGAUGAGAAUACAAACACUUUCUGCCUGCUGCAGGACAUCCCUAUCAUCUCAUUAUCCCCCUCGUGGCGCGGUAGGCGUGCCGAAGAUGAUUCGUACAGAAUACCCGCUGGCACAUAUGGCCGCUUCGUUACAGAUACAGGCAGAGUCGUCUCAAUGGAGUACCCUCACUCAACGAUUUCCCUCUUGGGUCGGCGAUUGGAAAUCAAUUUGAUGAAGGAGGGCUAUCAGUCUGAACUUGGAAUGCUCCAACCUGAGGAAACAGCCGAAGUCAUCUCUCUGUUUGCGACACUCAUUCAUAUGGAACACUUGAAUGCUGCUCAAGAAGAUACAAGCGGAGCCCUAGUGCUUUCAGACAACGAUAUUCUUUCUGAGGCUAAGAAGCACAUCGAUGCGGGCAGUGGGAGGGAUCUGUUGACAGUAGUCUGUGACACAAUGGACUAUUAUAUGCAGGUCGACCUUGCAGAGAGUGAGGAUGUCGUUGUGACAAUUCUUACCUCUUGCAUUCAAUUCUUGGACGCGGUUCUGCCAAUUUACCCCAGCAGAGUUUGGUCCUAUAUUUCUCGCUGCGAGCUAUUGAGUUCCGAGUCAAGAGCUGGCAAGCUCACCAAGGUUGUGGGUAGCCUCGAUUUAGUUCAGGAGAGGCUUGACUUUUUGUCAUCUUGUCUACGCCUGUUCGGCAAUCUGAUUGACACUGCCAUGACUUCAGCCGUUCAGCGCCGAGCUGGUAUUCAGACUGCCGGUAGAAGCAAGUCGGACUUGAACCCUUGGCUUGGUACAGCCGACAAGGUGCUGGCAAAGGUCAGUUAUGCGAUUGCUCAAGCAGGAGUCGAUAUUUUUGAGAACACAUCCACUUGGAGAUUUGCGUCUGAUACUUGCCGCUCAUCAAUUCUUCGAGACGUCGUGCCUAUUUUGCAUAAAAUAAUCUCGUACAGCUAUAGUCUUGGCGAUUCGUCUACCUCGGAGAAUCUGACUUCUUGCCUUCGACCAGCCGCCUCCUAUGUUAUCGACUGCUUUGUUUCGCCCUCGACUGGGUCUCUUCGUUUCCAGCCUCUCUUAUCUUCCCUAAUUACAGCAUUCACAACGGCCGAUAGCACACUCUACCCAAGACGUGUAGAGAUGAUUCACUCACAGUUGAGUGCUGUACUAGAGCUAUCGGCUACUCUCUUGCGGGUUGCAAAUUAUCUUGAGCAAUCCUCUAGCAUGAUCGAAACCUAUCUGUUCAAGAGCUCGACCCUGCUCGCACGUCUGUGUGCAGCAUCCGACCAUUAUCGCAGACCUACAAUGUGGCUUCUAGAGUCUUUGGUUGUGAAUGCUGGCAAGUCUUCAAGCGAGCCUCCUUCGCUACUUGGUUAUCUUGGACCUCAAAUUUCCAAAUCUUUCUUGCAGCUUCUGUCGACUCUUGGAAAGCCAUUCGAAUUAAGAACCGAAGUCAAGGCAACUUGGAGAUUCUUCUCCGCUAUCCUGAGAAACAGACAGCAGUGGAUGUCUAACUGUCUUCUUACAGGACAAACCCCAAGAGAGGCGAUGAAGGACAAGAAGAAGACUGAUGUCUCUUCCAACUCAGUGUUCGCCACAGGACUUGCCAAGCUUGGAAAGCUGAAGGAUCUUGAAGUGAGCGAAGCACUGGUCAUACUCGACUUCGUUGCCUCGGCUCAGAACUUCUGGCCCUGGACCGUUUUCACACUGCAAAAAGACACAGCGUACCUGGAUGGUCUCAGAGCAUAUGUUCGGGAACUUAAGCCAUCUAACCUUACCGUGAAGAGUGAUCCUGUUCGUGCCGGCUUCGAGGCAAGACUGGCCGCCUACGUUGCUGAGACAUUUGCUAUGCAACUAUACCAUUCACGACAUCUUGGCAAUUCCGAUAAGUUGGCAAAGAAUCUCGUCAGCGAUCUCGACUAUUACCUUCGCGACGGAGUCGAGGUUGGGGGCUACAACAAGUCUUUACACAACAAUUUUGCAAGGAACUUUUCGAACAAGUACUCUGACUGUCCUGUGGAUUAUUUCAAACGAACUGCCCUUGAGCCACGAGAAUUAGGAAAGAGCUACUACUACGACCUCGAGCGUGCCGAUGAGAUGCUCCGGUUUGACCCUGGCUGGAAGGCCCGAAAGGAUGAUGGCUUCAAGGCAGAGAUGGAACGCGCAAACAUGAACUUAUCCCUUGUCGAUGCUCAGCUUGCCCUUUUCCAUGCUUGGGAGUUCCUGCUUGUUGAACUCUCUACAUGCCUGCCCAAGAACGACACCGUCGAGAAACAAAUGUUGCAGGUUGCUCAGCAAUGCUUAAAUGCAAACCAAGGCAUUCCUGGGCCUGAGCAUAUUUUCCUCAAGUUGGUUGAAUCCCGGGCCAACCUCGCUCUUGUGUUGAUUCAACGACUUGUCAAAUCUUCUGUGCCAGUGAAGGACAUCAACCAGCUACUUUCGACUCUUGUUGGUACGAUGAACGGAGUUGAAGAGCCUUGGGGAUCUGAGUCUAUCUCAUAUUAUCGUACCCUGCUGAAAGCCCUCUUCGUCACUCUGCGCGCGUACCACACUAUUGGCAAGAAAGAAACCCAAGAUGUGUUUGAGGGAACCACAGUGACAGUUACACAAACUGUGUUGAAUGUCCUCGACCGCGUUGUUGGCAGAGGUUUCCGCGCAUUAGUUAGCCUGGUCCACGAUAAUGAAACCAGCGUGUCGCCGGAAGACCUUGGACUGUUGACAGCCAUCCUCCAAGCAUGCCUCAGCCUGCCCAACAUGGAGCAAUCACAGACCCAGGUUCUCAACAUCAUGGCUGAGCAUCAAGUUCUCCAUGCUGUGUCAUCCCUCUACUCUUGGGCUGAUAGGCUGUCUGACCAAGGCGACCCCAUUUAUGGCGAGCUGAGUAUGUUAUUCUUGCUUGAGCUCUCUACUCUACCUUUGAUUGCCGAGCAGAUGGCCUGUGAUGGAAUUCUGAGCAACAUUCUAUCAGCAAAUCUGACAAAGUUUAUGCUCAAAUCCAACAUCUCCCCCUACUCGGACUCUCCUGUUGUGCAACGCUGCUACGGUAUCUGGGCUAAGGGACUACUUCCUCUGAUGUUGAACUUGCUUACAGCUUUGGGCGCUACCAUCGCUCCAGAAGUUGCCUACGUGUUGAACCAGUUCCCACACCUAUUGGAGGCAAGCGUGGACCGUUUUGAGGCACCAGGGGCAAGCCGUACGCAGUCUCGAGCGUCGCCUCACUACUUGACGCUUGUGGCUAUUUCUGAAGUCCAUUCUCUGGCUCUCCUCACAAGAGUGCUUGCUGCUCUUCGCGUAAACAACAACCGGGAUAUUCCGGACGUCGAAUGGGAUUCAGCAAACCUUCUUGAAAACGUCGAGUUUUGGUUGAGCACAAAGAAGCUGCUAAAGGAACGACUUAUGCCUUUGGGACAACGAGAAAUGGAUUGGCGGGGUAUGAAGCCCGUCGCCGGAGCAUACGAUAGUCUUUUGGAGGAGAAAGCUGUGGCUCAACUGGACGCCAUCCGGGAUGUGUUGGGCGAUGAAGCAGAGAAUUGA